CACAUUCCACCGUUCCUGUACAAUGUACUAGGAAAGAAGUGAUCAUUAGGAAAAAGGGAAUCCAGCACUUGUAUUACUUCAUCAAAGGGAGGGGAACAGCCACAAUUCCACCUGGUAAGCAAAACCUUUCUGGUAUUAAUUACAUCUCACAACCUUCAUUUCUGUUCCAGACCACUUUGUUCAUUUUUAAUUUUUUUUUUUGCUGCUGUUCUCUUCCAUUGUCAAUACCCUAAAGUGACACCUACUGAUGCAUGCAGGCUGUUAAGGGUAUUAGUAUUUUUGCCAAUCUGUUGAGGACAUUAGUGUUUUCCAAGCUGGUUAAUUCCUUAAAACAGGAUUCUGAUUCCUUGAAUGGUUCUGCAUGAACAUCAACUAGCAUUUCAGUAAUGCUGCCCUUGAGACUUCUGCAUUAAGAGUGAAUGCUGUGAAGGGAAUGUUCCACAAAGUGAAACUGAAAUAUCUUUGUCUCCGGUGGUAGCAUUUCAUAUUGUAAGUCCCAAACCCACAACCUGAUGACACUGUUCUGGCUUUUUAACCAAUUGAAUGCACCUGCCAUUUCACACAACAUUGCAGGGUGCUUUAGUCAGGACAAUGCUGUGUCUUUAUUGGGUUGAAUAGAAUGAGAAUGUAAAAUUGUAAAUGUCCAUUUAAUCCUACACUUGGAUGACCAUGCACCUGUUGUAGUCAGAUUUGCCUUUCAAUAGGAAAACACUGAUAAAGUGGGUUUUUAAAAAAAAAAUACAACAGUCACAUGAUAUCUGGGAAUAUUUAUGCAGCAAAAAUGGAAGCUGCCAAAAUGGCAUUUAAAAUAAAUAUAGGUUGGGAUAGAGGUUCACAUUUCCAUAAAUGCACACUAAUAAUUUCUGUUACAUCCAUUAGAAAAUGCUUAGAAACCCAACAGCUAAGGUCUUGUGUUUUAGGGGAUUCAGUUUUGAGAUAGCAAGCAACUGCCUAGCUGAUAAGUUACCCAGCACUAAAGCAGGCAAAUCCAGUAGAUCCUAAGAUUCCCUUUAAAACCAUUGUUCAAAACAUUCCUUUUUAGGAAAAAAAAACAGUGUUAGGAAUGCUGGUUUACAUAAGAUUCCAAAACAAUUCUGGAAGCCUUACAAGAACUACUGCCCAGUUAAAUAGUUCUAUAGAUAUACUUCCACUGUCUCCAACACUGGUCUUUUUCCUCAUGAUUUGACUCCUGCCAGAUGUUAUAGUUACAUUGUUAUGUCAGCCAGUAAUUUGAUGAGGCAAUGAAAUGUCACAAGACUAGGGUAGCUGGUUGAGAUUGUCUUGUGUAUAUGUGCAAUGUAAAAACAUGCAGCUGGAACCAGUCCUCUUAAGAUUUCCCAAUAAGACAAAUUCUCAUCCUUCAAUAGCUGCUGAAGAAAGUGGGUGGAUUCUCCUUUACCCUAAAUUUGAAUCAUGAUAGUUCAACCUGCAAUCUCAUCCCUUGCAUACUGAACACUUAAGGGGAGAGCUAUCCCUGUAUCCAAAAAUAACUGCUCUUCAUUCUAUAUUGACAAAGAAUAGUCUGCAUUCCUGAACAUACUUAACAGGAAACACUGAGGCCUAAUUUUCAUAAUCUCCCAUCAUGGGCUCCAGACCAAUAGAUCCUAAAGAACUUCUGAAGGGACUGGACUGUUUUCUUGGCAAAGACGGAGAAGUCAAAACACACGAAGGGAUCACUAAAAUUUUCAACUUGAUGAAAGCCGCCCAAAAGAUGGUCAGUCGCUGCAUCUAUCUGAACAUCUUGUUGCAGACCCGAGCGCAAGAUAUACUGUCAAAAUUUAUCAAGGUUGGUGGCUACAAGCUUCUCAACACUUGGUUGACUGGCUCCAAAGCAUCCAAUAACGUGCCCCUUCUCCAGCAGAUUUUGCUCACGCUGCAGCAUUUGCCUCUUACAGUAGAUCAUCUGAAACAAAAUAAUACUGCCAAGCUGGUGAAGCAGCUCAGCAAGACAAGUGAAGAUGAAGAGCUUCGCAGACUGGCCUCUGUACUGGUCAGCGAUUGGAUGGGUGUAAUCCGCUCCCAGAGUAGCUCACAACCAACAGAGCGAGACAAGAAGAAGCGCAAGGAGGAGAAUAAAAGCAAGAGCCCUGUUCAAGAGAAGCCUCAGGAGCCUAAGUCAGAAGCCAAACCUGAGGAGACACCUGAGAAAAAGAAAGAAAAGCCAAAAUCUCUCCGCACCACAGCACCCAGCCAUGCCAAGUUCCGUUCCACUGGUUUAGAAAUGGAGACUCCAUCACUCCUUCCUGUAAAGAAGAAUAUGGGUGCUGUAGUCACCUCUGAUAAAUACAACUUGAAGCCAAUACCACUGAAGCGACAAAACACAUCAGCUCCUGCUGGUGAGAAUCCACCAGCUGAGAAGAAGUACAAGCCCCUUAACACCACCCCCAAUACUACCAAAGAGAUUAAAGUGAAGAUCAUUCCUCCACAACCUAUGGAAGGUUUGGGUUUCUUGGAUGCCCUAAACUCAGCCCCUGUCCCAGGCAUCAAAAUCAAGAAGAAGAAGAAAGUCCUGUCUCCAACUGCUGCAAAGCCAAGUCCGUUUGAGGGGAAGCCAGUCCCAGAAGCCAGUGCUGCUAAGCCAUCUUCACCAGAGCUUGCUCCAGCAUCUGAAGCGACAGACGUGGAAAGACCUGGCACCCCGGUGCCAGCUGUGGAAGUCCCUGAGCCAAUGGAAACAAGCUCUUCGGAACAGGGAGGAGUGGUGGAGGCCAAACCAGCCGAGAGCCCAGUUGAUUCUGCACAGCUGACCAAGAAGGGCAAGAAGAAGAAGACGGUGAGCUGGCCUGAGGAAAGCAAGCUGCGAGAGUACUUCUACUUUGAACUAGAUGAGACAGAGCGAGUCAAUGUAAACAAGAUCAAGGACUUUGGGGAGGCUGCCAAGCGGGAAAUGUUGAAGGAUCGCCAUGCCUUUGAAACCGCCCGUCGGCUCAGUUAUGAUGCCAUGGAAGAGAAGGUCCCUUGGAGCUACCCAAAGCCAAUUGACUUGCCUACUCCACUGGUUCACCCAGGAAGUGGCAGCCAGGAGAAAUUCAUCCAGGCUGAGCGCGAGAAGGGCAUUUUACAGGAACUCUUUCUCUCAAAAGAAAGUGUCCCCGAGAGCCCUCAUGAACCUGACCCAGAGACCUAUGAGCCAGUGCCACCAAAGCUUAUUCCUCUGGACGAGGAAUGCUCCAUGGAUGAGGCCACCUACGAGGAGAGACUCAACCCGGCCACCGCCUCGCAGUCUCCAGACGGAGCUGGGGGCUCCAAGCUGCCCCCGGUCCUGGCCAACCUCAUGGGCAGCAUGGGGGCAGGCAAGAACCCGCAGGGCCCCAACCCCACCUCCUCCAUCAACGUGCAAGAGAUUCUCACCUCCAUCAUGGGUGGCUCAAACAAUGCGAAAACAGAGGACUUGAUGAAACAACCAGAUUAUUCAGACAAGAUCAAACACCUGCUGGGCAACUUGCAGGGCCAGCCUGGACCAGGUCCUGCAGCAGUUCCACAUGGGCUGGUUGGAACAGGACCUGGUCCAGUGCCCAAUGGUUUUCCACCAGGGCCCAAAAAUAUUCCGCAUUUCCCUCCUGGGGGGCCAGGACCCAUGCCUGCAGGACCCCAUGGAGGCCCAGGUGGCCCUAACAUGCACCCAGGGCCCGGAGUGCCCAGUGGGCCUCGGAUGAUGGGACCACCUCCCCCCCAGUGUAAUGAUGGAUACUGGGACCCUCCAGAUGGUGGGAUGCGUGGCGCCGGCCCCCAUGGAGGCAUGAGAGGUGGCAGCCCCGGCCCAGGACCUGGCCCUUUCCAUCGGGGGCGUGGCGGCCGAGGAGGAGAGCCCCCCUUCCGUGGACGAGGCGGUGGUGGACGGAGUGGCGGCCCCCACAAUGGUAGGGGCGGCCCUCCCAACAGUGGCAUGGGCGGUGGCCACGGAGGGGGACACGGCGGUGGUGGCCAUGGAGGUCACGGAGGAGGGGGCCACCCUGGGGACCACAGCAGGGGGCACCCAGGCGGCCACCCCGGGGACCACGGCAGGGGACAUCCAGGCGGUCAUCCCGGGGACCACGGCAGGGGAUAUCCAGGGGACCACGGCAGGGGACAUCCCGGGGACCAUGGCAGAGGUCACCCAGGGGACCACGGCUGGGGGCACGGAGGCAGCCACGGUGGAGACAGAUCGAAACGUCCUGUGUGUCGUCAUUUCACGAUGAAAGGCAGCUGCCGGUACGAACACAACUGUGCCUUCUACCACCCAGGUGUGAACGGUCCCCCUUUGCCCUAGUCCUUUGGACCCAGCCCCCUCUCCCCUGCGCCAGUCUCUUCUAACUGUGGUCUCAACGCACAUUCCCAUGCAAUGGACUGUGGGGCCUGAGCCCCAACCUUCAGACUCAUGCUGCAUCUACUCUUUUAAUGGCUUCUGUGAGGCCCUUUAAAUGCUAAGGGCAAGGGGAGGCCACUGCUCCCUCCUGAUGCAUUUGCUGCUAUUUGAUGAACUGCCACAUACUCAAAAAAAAAGAACCACUUUCUUCCAGAGGUAGGGCGAUUGGUCCCCCAGUAACUUGAAAGCACAAGAGACUUGGCUCUGCAAACAAUCAAUUCAUAUAAUUAUCCUUGUGAAGCCAGUAAAGGAAGAGAGAACAUCCCAGCUCAUCCCAUGCUCUGGGCUGUAUUCUGCAUGUUCUUAGGAACCAAACAUGCACUGGAGACUUCUGCUUUGGUUUGGAAGAACAUCUGGCAUCAGCAAGAAAAUGCCCCUUUUAAGAACAUUUGUGUGAGGCAGGGGUGAAGCAACAGCCUGUGUGUGUAUUUUCCUGUGGGAUCGGAAUCUAUUGUUCCUGUUUGGAGGCCUUUCUGAAGCGAACGGAGAAUUCCAGCAGCUACCACUUGCACAGUCCUUGACUCAUGAUGUCCCAUCAUCCCGUGUGUGUAAAAUACCCCCCUGCAGUAUUCCCACUGACCGCAGAGAUGCGAUUUCCCUUGGUGCUAAUUCAUAUCAUUGGGGGAAACCUACAACUUGUUUUCUGUGAAAACUGAACCUUGACUCAAAUGAUUUAGGGGGUAAAAUUUCUUUUUUGUUCUGAUUACGUUGUCGGUUGUGGCUUUUUUUUAAAAAAAACUUGUCUCACAAAAUGUAGACUCCAUAACAUCAUUCAUUUGUCUCCCCCUCCUCUUCUUGCAGUGGGUGCAGCACUUCUCUCCCGAGGAAAAGAAAAUGUCUCCCUCUAUGUUUUGUAUAUUUUGUACAUUAGUAAUAAACAUGGUGGAAAACAGUGGAUUAUCUAAUUUAA